AUGAACCUCAACGACAUCAGCAAACCGGCAGCUGAGGUGGCCACGAUACGGCUCAGCUUCGAGCAGCUGAAGGAUACUUUGGGACGCUUCGAGUACUUCCGCCACUGGACAGAGGACCAGAUCCGCGAGUGUAGCGUCUUGGCGCGUGUCGUACAGUAUGCACCGCAUCAGACGAUACCGCUCGAUCUUCCGCUACCCUUCGCCUAUCUCGUGCUGAGUGGACAGUGCAUGAUCAUGCAGUGUUUGCAGCUUCUCGCCGGUGAUGAGUUCCGGCUUGCAUCGACCGGGGCUGGAGUCGCAACACCGCCACCUUCCUGCCCAAACACAUCCAACCCCGAGGCACAGCUCGCGUUGAUACAAAACCUGCACGACACUUUUAGCACCGGGAGUCUUACCGCUCCGGCCGGUACGUCCCUGCAAUAUGAUCCCGACAAUGCAAUCUGCUUUCUCAAGACUCCCACACAGCAGGGCCCGGUUGCACACCGCUUCCUAGACGUCGGUACCCUCGGUUGCGGGGCGGUGUUUGGUUUGGGCGAACGAUACCAUCACCGGACGAUUGUGGCGCGCACCAGAACGCAAUGUCUGCUGAUACCGCGGUGCUGGUUGUUUCUAAAGCCGCAAAACAUUGGCAACACAUGGCAGCGGCUCCGUAUGUACCUGGACUGGACCAUACCCGGGCGGGACGAGCUGUUCCGACAGUUCCUACGGGACAAUGCGUGGCUCGAGUAUCGACGAUGGUUGAUAGGCGAAACGGCCAAACGGCGCAGUGGUACGGAAGGGGAAGGAUGGGAAAAGCUGUACAAAGAAAAUGAGAUAAGAGUACCAUGUGUUUCUGCUCCUGCUAAAGUAAUGGCUUAG